ACGCCUACAAACACCGCCACCACAAGACGUUCACAAACAUCGCCUUCACAAGACACUGCACCAGCACUGUCACUCGCGACACCCGCCAACGCCAAGCAUCAGAGAUACCCGCCAACGCUGCCGCCUGCGAGACACUCCGCCAGCACUGCCACUCGCGACACCCGCCAGCACUCCCACCUUCGCGAGUCAACACCUGCCAGCACUGCCACCGCGAGACACCCGCCAGUACCGCCACCGCGACACCCGCCAACGCUGCCACUCUCGCGAGACACACCUGCUACACUCGCGAGACACCUGCCAGCGCUGCCUGGCGAGACACCCGCCAGCGCCGCCACCGCGGAGAGACAAUUCGCCAGCACCGCCACCGCGAGAUAACCCCGCGCUGCGCCCGUCACCGCGAGACACCCGCCAACGCCGCCACCGAGACACCCGCCAACGCUGCCACUGCGAGACACCCGCCAGCACUGCCACCGCGAUAUACCCGCCAGCACUGCCACCGCGAGACACACCCGCCAGCACUGCCACUGCGAGACACACCCGAAGUCACCAAGGGAUAA